AUGCUGGUUCGGAGGAGGGUGAUGAGUUGGAGAAGGGUGGCGAAGGCCCUGCAAGCCCUGGUAGCUCAUGCUUUGCUUUUCUCUUUCACUCUUCUCCUUGCUCUCAAGCUUGACCAUCUCCUUCCUUAUUCAUGGACAUGGUGGAAAGUAUUUUCUCCUCUAUGGCUUUUUCAUGCUGUGGUGGCACGAGGCAGGUUUUCCUUGCCUGCUCCUUCGAUUCCUCAUGAUCGCCGAUGGGCUCCUUUUCAUUCACUCGUAGCAACUCCACUACUCGUUGCAUUUGAGCUACUUCUUUGUAUACAUCUCGGGAGCAGUUAUGUGAUGAAUUUAAGGAUUGUCUUCAUGCCCCUGGUAUUUUUCGAAAUGGUGGUUUUGUUUGAUAACAUCAGGAUGUGUAGGGCGUUGAUGCCUGGGGAUGAUGAAAAUUUGACCGAUGAAGCAGUAUGGGAAACUCUUCCUCACUUCUGGAUUUCAAUAUCAAUGGUCUUCUUGAUUGCUGCCACAGUGUUCACCCUUCUAAAAAUAUGUGGUGAUGUUGCUGCCCUAGGCUGGUGGGACUUAUUUAUUAACUAUGGGAUUGCACAGUGCUUUGCCUUUCUUGUUUGUACAAAGUGGCACAAUCCAACUAUUCAUGGAGGCUGUCACGUCACAGAACCAUGUUCAUCAUCAAAUACCAUAAGAUACUUAGACAUGAGUAGAGGAGGCUUAGUUAUUUAUACAGAUGAAGAUAGGCAGCAAAAUGGGUUCUGCAAUCUGCAGGAUAUUGGCGGGCAUAUAAUGAAAAUUCCAUUCAUUGGUUUUCAAAUACUUCUUUUUAUGCAUUUAGAGGGAACACCAUCCAGUGCAAAUAAUCUGCAACAUUGGAUCAUUUUUUCACCACUUUUUCUGUUGCAAGGAGCUGGGGUUUUAUUUGCAGCAUAUAGAUUAAUAGAGAAGAUAGUUAUUUUAGUCUACAGUGGAGAUAUUCCUGAAAGAUACUCUGCUAUAGCAUCAAAAUCUCGUGAGUGUUUUGGGUUCUUUCGACGUGGGUCAAGGUUACUUGGUUGGUGGUCAAUAGAUGAAGGAAGUAAAGAGGAAGAAGCUAGACUUUUUUGUUCUGGGAAUUCUGGGUAUAAUACUUUUACCCCUGAAACAGUGAAGAAAAUGCCUAGAUCAGAUCUGGUUGAGGAGAUUUGGAGACUACAAGCUGCACUGGGUGAGCAGACAGAGGUUACAAAAUUUAGCCAGGAGGAGUAUGAAAGACUUCAAAAUGAGAAGAUCUUAUGUAGAAUUUGCUUCGAGGAGCAGAUUAAUGUGGUCCUCCUUCCCUGCAGGCAUCACAUAAUUUGCAACACUUGCUGCGAAAAAUGUAAAAGGUGCCCUGUCUGCCGUGGCACCAUUGAAGAAAGGAUGCCUGUAUAUGAUGUGUAG